AUGGGCAGGAAGAUAUUGGGUUGUGACCCCAUCGCCAGAUUCGUGAUUCCCGGCAGUAAUGACCCGACCUGCGUUGAGUGCUGCAAGAUCACUGAAUAUGACGUGGACCAUACGGUCCUGGAUUGCGUGGACGGCGCUAGACCCCUGAAGAGUGUCCGGAUGAUGGGCUGCUAUUUAGAACCCCGCACGGUCGAUGGGCACAUCAUGGACAAGAAAAUUCUCGAAUACACCAACUCGGGAUCCAGGAGUCCGGGGCCGGCUGCUUACUGCGUGAGGACCACGAUCGGACCACAAGCCACCGAUCCAUCGAUCGAAAAGAACCCUGCUUACUCGAUGCCCGGAAAUAAAUCCAAAAAUGCAUGUGGGAUCGGCCCAGGACCGGCACACAACACGGUCGGACUUAGCCGCGUAGGCCGUCACCGAGUGCCGGGUGGCCCUUUCGGUCUGCGGGCCUUUGGUCCCGGGUUGGACUGCACCCCUAGCCCUGCCGAAUACUGCAUGAAGUCGUCGCUUUUAAAUAUUGGCCAUCGGAUGGGACCAAGGCCUGGCGCGCGGGGCGGUGGGUACUGUGGACCGGCGCCGAACGCUUACUUUCCGUCAUGCCAUAAUGGCUGUGGGCUGAAAACGUCGCUUGGACAGCGGUUAAAGCAGCCCAAGGUGUGGCCGACGCCCGGCCCCGGACAGUACGAUUUACCGCCAGCCGAUCUGUAUCUGUCUGGCCGGUUUUCGACUGGAAAAACGAUUGGCAAGAGACUUACCAACGGCUGCAAACAAGUGACACCAGGCCCAGGCGCGUACGACGCCAAAGCCAUGAAAUGCUGCACCAGGUUCACUUUCGGCCAAAGGUAUCCGGACACGGUACCCACAUUCAGCGUCACGGCCGACAACCAACACUUCCGGUGUUGA